AUGGCCAUGCAGUGUAUUUUCUGCAUGCCCUGCGCAUUGUCCAAUCUUACCUUCCCCGAGUCUACGACUCUCGCCUUCGCUCGCUCCUCUAUCGACUCCUCCUCGCUUCCGUCCACGUGUGUCGCGAUAAGAUCUCACAACUCGCCUCCAUUGGCGGAUGAGCCCGCAAUCUCCGUCCGCUUCUCCACACGCCCUCAGUGUGCGACCAACAGCAGCAGCGAAUUUCCAUGGGCAGUAGGCGAAUUCCCUAAGACAAAAAAGGUUAUGUACCAGGCUACAAGGCGCACCUCGUUCUACCGUUCCCUGUCUGUCUGCGGACGCGCCGGCUGGCCCGCGCUUUGUUACAGGCACGCAUCUCUCUCCCUCUGCCCUCUCCUUGAUUUCUCUCCCGACAUCUUCCUCUACUGAUAAACCAGCUCGUGGUGGGGACAACCAUGCCGUCGCUGAGAGGUCGCCGCCGCAAUUAGCGGGAUAGCGCGACUAAUCAACUUGGACGAACCGUCGUUUAUCAAGGACACCAGUGACAGUCCUCGUCACACAGAAAAAAAAAGUUUCCUCUUAAAGGCAGUAAGCACCGACUGUGGAGAACACAAGACAGAAGAUUUCCAUUGUUCUUCUGUUCCUUUCCUUUUCUAUUUUUUAUUU